GUAUAUAAGGCCGAAGUAACCAUGCGUUGCGGUGUUCAGGAACCCCCGUAGUGCUCAAGUACUUAUUUGUACGACGUAUCUUCACCAUGGGCUUCUCCUUCCGUGGCCUUACCUCCAACGCCUUGGUGUCCACCGGCGCCAACACUGAGGUCGAUGCUAAGGAUGUUGCUGACGUCCCCGCCUCGGUCCAGGGUCACACGAGCCUCGAUGUUCCCCGCCCUGACGAGAAGCUCGGCACGCCGCGUACCACUGGGCUGCCCGAAGACUCUGAUGAGGACCUGAACCAGGUCGACAAGACUGCCGAGCAUGGAGUCCAGGCGGUCCAGGCCGCGACCCAGGUUUGGAGCAAGAGGGAUAAGAUCGUGGCAUUCGUCUCGAUGUGGUUGAUCACCUUCUUCAUGUCCUUCUGCUCGAGUUCCGUCUUCACCCUGACGGUCUACGUUACCAGCGACUUCCAGAAGCAUUCGCUCACGGCCCUGACUGGCGUUAUCUCCUCGCUCGUGGCUGGCAUCUGGAAGCUGCCGUAUGCAAAAAUUAUGAACAUUUGGGGCCGUCCAAAGGCGCUGACCAUCGGCGUAACCUCCUACACCGUUGGUCUGAUCAUGAUGGCCUCGUGCCGGAAUGUGCAGACGUAUUGUGCCGCGAUGACAUUCUAUUAUAUGGGAUAUAACAUGAUAGACUUCUCCAUCACCGUCUUCAUCGCCGACUCAACCAAGCUCAAGAACCGAGGAUUAUUCAUCGCCUACGCGUCUUCCCCCUGGCUGAUCACUACCUGGAUUUAUGGCUACGGGGUGAACAGCGUCAUUGCUGUAGAUGGCAUCGGCUUCAGGUGGUUCUUCGGGAUCGUCGCGAUCCUCGCCCCCUUUGUGUGCUCCCCACUGUUGGCCAUCUUCUAUCUCAACGAGGCCAAGGCGCGGAAGCAAGGUCUCAUCCCGCCCAACCCCAGCCGAGGGACCGCUCGCCAGACCCUGGUCUACUACCUGAAGGAGUUCGACGUCGUUGGCCUUCUGAUCUUGGCGCUUGGCCUGUCGCUCUUCCUACUUAGCUUCAACAUCUACUCCUACCAGCCCGCGCAAUGGAAGUCGCCGCUCAUCAUCUGCUUCAUCAUCUUCGGAGCCCUUCUGAUCAUCGCCUUUGGCCUGUGGGAGAAGUACGGUGCCCCGGUCACCUUUAUCCCGUGGCACUUGUUGAAGAACAGAACCGUUAUCUUCACAUAUACCAUGGCUGGGUCGCUCUACAUUGGCUGGUAUGUCUGGGACUCAUACUUCUACUCACUUUUGACCGUCAUGUUCAACCAGCCAACCGUCUAUGCCACGUAUAUCUCAAACAUAUACACCAUGGGCAGCUGCUUCAUCUGCCUGGUCUACGGCUUGGCGCUGCGCCACUACGGAAAGCUCAAGAUCUACUCGCUAUUCUGGGGUGUACCGCUCACCAUGCUCGGUGUUGGUCUGAUGAUCAUGUUCCGCCAGCCCAAUGUCAACAUCGGCUACAUUGUCAUGUGUCAGAUCUUCAUCGCGUUCGGUGGUGGUGUCCUCGUUAUUUCAGAGCAGACGACGCUUAUGGCUGUGUCCAAGCAGCAAGACUUCCCCGCCCUGUUGGCUGUCGAGGCCAUGAUCAUCGCUAUUGGCAGCGCCAUCGGCUCAACUAUCGCCGGAGCCAUGUGGACCGGUAUCUUCCCUGCUCGCCUGGCUGCCAACCUCCCAGCUGAGGAGAUUGGCAACCUCACGCUUAUCUAUGGCGACAUUCUAGUACAGCAGAGCUACGCUUGGGGCACACCGGCGCGAGAUGCCAUCAAUCUUAGCUACGGCCAGACUCAACGUUAUAUGCUCAUCGCAGCUACGUGCAUCUACUCGGUCACCAUUUUCAGUGUCGCUCUUUGGGAGAAUGUCGAUGUUAGGAAGAUGAAGCAGCGCACAUUCGGUCUCAUCUGAGGCAAAAAACAAGCAUAUUCGUUUGAGUGGCUGAGAACGCCCCAAGAGCUUUCGCAAGAGUCAUUGUGGGGCCCAACUUAUCUUGUCGAUAAUCUAGGACAGCAGGACGACAGAUACUAGGCAGUCCUGUUAUCCACUGAAUUAAUACCUCGUUUAUACUA